UGGCUACUCGGUGUCAACACUAAACUCAGUAUGCAGAACCUCGGAUUAAUAUUUCUGUUCCUAUUAUUUGUAAACGUGGUGUCUGGUGUUGAGACAGAAGUUGUGGAGGCGGUGUCUGUGAUUUUUGGAGAUUCUGUCACUCUACAGUCGGAAGUGACCCAAAUACAGAGCUAUGACGUGAUUGAGUGGAGGUUUAGUGGACAUCGCAUUGCUAUAAUCAAUAGUGACCCCAAUAAGAGAGUACAGGCUGAAGUUACUGAGAAACUCAGAGACAGAAUGCAGCUGGACCAUCAGACCGGAGAUCUCAAGAUCAGAAACAUCAGAACCGCAGACUGUGGACUCUAUGAACUUGAUAUCAACAGUGCCAGAGGGUCAGCAAAAAAGUCCUUCAAUAUCAGUGGUGUGGCAUCGGAUGACACGAAGGUUGUGUUGGUGAUGGAGAGAGACUCUGUCAUUCUACCCUCGGGUCUAUCUAAAAUACAGAGAGAAGAUCGGAUAACCUGGAAGUUUAAAGACACACUCAUAGCUGAACUAAAUGAAACAGCUGGAAUCUUCUCUACAUAUGAUGAUGUUCUUGAUGGGAGAUUCAGAUACAGACUGCAUCUGAACAAUCAGACUGGAUCGCUCAUCGUUACUGACGUCAAACCCAACAUCUCUGGACUUUAUGAAAUCAACAUCAGCAAGAGCAGCAGCAGAUACACCACGCACAAGACAUUCAAUGUGACUUCCAAGGAAGGAGAGAGCAGGCAGUCUGUGAUGGAGGGAAAUUCUGUCACGCUACUAUCUGGUGUUCCUGAAAUACACAGCGAUGACGUGAUCGUAUGGAGGUCUGAGCAUGGAGACUCUAUCAUAGCAAAAAUCGAUAGAGGGAAGGUCUUCACUACGCUGGACGGAGCUGAUGGGAGAUACAGCGGCACACUGGAGCUGGACAGUAAGACCGGAUCUCUGACCAUCAGACACAUCAGAACUGAACAUGCUGGACUUUAUCACCUGGAUAUCACCGGCCAGCGGCGCACAAUAUUCAAGAGAUUCUUUGUUUCUGUCGGUUCACAGAAUUGGUUUCGAUAUGUUAUGGUGGUAAUUGUUGUUGCUGUUUUGCUGUUGGUCGUGAUUGGAGCUAUUGCUGUGAUUCGUUGUCGUCAAACACGAAAUGGCAAGUAUUACAAAAAGCUGAUGUAUUAAGUGGAUAAUUUGAGAUUUACUGUGUAACAGAGACUUUGAAGAAGAAAAAAUGUGAUUUCAUGUGAAAACAUUUUUAAUAUGUGUUUAAUUGGGCUCACUGCCAUUAGGGGGAAUCCAGUAUCAGGUAAGAUGCUGUUUACACUGUUAUGUGCAACAUAAUAAAAUUGUUUUUGAGGAAUUGAACUUUAUUUUGGAGCUUUGUCACACUACUGUCCAAACUGGAUCUCGGAUUAUAAGUUUGGACAUUUUAAAGAAACCCUUUAAAGAACUUCCUCAAAUUCAGAUUUUUUGGAGAAGUGAUAGCAGUCUGGUCAACGCCGUCUUGUUUAAUGUUAGUUUUGGACACAUUUUCAGACUGAGAAUUUCAACAUGUCAAGAAGACCUUUUACCUUGUGUUCCUGAUUAAAUCUGAGAUGUUUCUCUUGUUUUUUGUGUUUCAGUUAACAGCUCUGUAAUAUGAGAGCAUUGUUUUGAUCGUGUGCAAUCCCACUGAAGAAGGAAAUGAAAUCCAGCUAAAAUAUGCACCAAGCUCAACCAGCUUUUGUACCAUGACCUUUUCAAAAGGAAUAAUUUAAUUAAUUAAAAUAAUGUUGUUUUGAUGUAUGAUCAAUAUUCAAGCACUAAUGCUUUGUGUUUUAAUUUGUUUGUCUGACAAGAGAAUAUUACUGUACUGUACAGUUUCCACACACAUUUAUAUGUAGUAUUGAAUAGGACAUGGUCUAGCAACAUAAAUGAAAACUGAAUGCAAUCUGAGUCAUUUUGUGCGAUCUCUAAAAUACUUUUAGCUUUUUUUCGCAACCAAGUAAAAAAGUGCCUUAAAAUCAAGCAGGUUUUUUAGGGAAAUCUUUGUAUGUUGUAAAUUGGAAUCUAUGUUUUUACUCUUAACUGCUGUAAACUGUGAAUUUGUUUGCCGUUAAAUGUUUUUUUGAGUUCAUUAUCUGAAAUAACGGAGUACUGAGCUUUUGCUGAUUGAUUUAAAAGUUUGGCCAUUAGCAUUUUAGGCUUCUUUGAAAAUAAUGAUCUGAAGAUUCAUAAUAGAAAGCUGUCUGAGAGACUUAUGUUUAUCUCUUCCAUAUUAUUUGUUAUAUUCUCUCAGUUCAUUUGUUGCUCAUUUCAUCGGUCACUGUCAAAUCUUAUUUUAUUAUGCGGUGUCUUGUCUUUACAAGUAAAUUAGAAAUAAGGGAAAGUCUCCAUUUUAGGGUAUGCCUUUGCUUUCAAUUCCUGGUUUGUAUUCCUAGUAGUAUAAUAUGCCUAUUGCUUGUAUGUAUUGCUCAUGCUAUCAGUCAGUCACAUGGGCAGACUGUGUGUGAUGUAAUAAAUACAGUAAAUAAAUAUAUACACAGACAUUAUAUAGAU